UUUCUUUAUAUAAAGGCGUGUUAACGCAGUAACGCCUCACCUGUACACACUGGAGUGUGUUGUCCACUGCUAGAGAGAGCCUAGAGGGUUGUAAUAGUGAUACCGUGGGUGAGGAAAAGCUUCUAGCUUUCAUCAAUGGCUACUCUUACAUCAAUGGCUACUCUUAGGAACUUGUUCACGAAAAAAUCUUUUGCCUCAAACGAGCUUGCUAUGCGGAGGUUCUUCACACCGCAGGCCGCUGCUGCUGAAGCUCCUUCUUUUGCUCAAAGAGUCAGGGAUCUGCCCAAGAAUCUCCCUGCAACUAAGAUCAGGACUGAAGUUUCUCAUCUCAUUGGGAGAACUCCCCUUGUUUUUCUUAACAAAGUGAAUGAAGGAUGUGGAGCUUACAUAGCCGUCAAGCAAGAGAUGAUGCAACCAACUGCCAGCAUCAAAGACAGGCCGGCUUUUUCAAUGUUCAAUGAUGCAGAAAAGAAGAAUUUAAUCUCUCCUGGGAAGACGGUCUUGAUAGAGCCAACUUCUGGUAAUAUGGGGAUUAGUAUGGCUUUUAUGGCAGCCAUGAAAGGAUACAAGAUGAUUUUAACCAUGCCCUCUUACACAAGCUUGGAAAGAAGGGUGACUAUGAGGGCAUUUGGAGCUGAGCUAAUUCUCACUGAUCCCACCAAGGGGAUGGGAGGAACAGUUAAGAAGGCCUAUGAUCUUUUGGAAACCACACCAAAUGCUUACAUGCUACAACAGUUUUCGAAUCCUGCAAAUAGUAAGAUCCAUUUUGAAACGACAGGGCCUGAAAUAUGGGAGGAUACUCUUGGACAAGUUGAUAUCUUUGUAAUGGGAAUAGGCAGUGGAGGAACAGUCACUGGCGUUGGACAGUACCUUAAAUCCCAAAAUCCUAAUGUUAAGAUAUAUGGAGUGGAGCCUGCUGAAAGUAAUGUGCUGAAUGGUGGUAAACCAGGUCCUCAUCAAAUUACUGGAAAUGGAGUAGGAUUUAAACCAGACAUAUUGGACAUGGACGUUAUGGAAAAAGUUCUUGAGGUUAGCAGUGAAGAUGCGAUAAAAAUGGCUAGGAGGUUGGCAUUGGAGGAGGGACUUAUGGUGGGAAUUUCAUCUGGAGCCAACACAGUUGCUGCACUUAGACUUGCAAGGAUGCCAGAGAACAAAGGCAAACUCAUCGUGACUGUUCAUCCAAGUUUCGGGGAGCGAUACUUGACUUCUGUGCUGUUUGAACAACUGAGAAAUGAGGCUGCAAACAUGCAACCAGUUCCAGUUGACUAAGUGCUGUCAAAAGGAUAGUUCAAUAAAUAAUAUCAGAAUCUCUCAUGUGCAGCUUUUUGUUGACAUCAUGUAUUACUUGUUAGCUCUCUUGGGUGAAAAACUACGUCUCCAGAAUAUUAGUUGUGAUAAAGCUUUUGUAAUCUGGUGCAAGUUCUGCAUUAUGGCAUCUGUGGCAAAAACUAGCUAGUUCAGCUUGAGUGUUGUUGUAUAAGCAAGCUUUUAUUAAUCCAAAACAAAACAAAGUAUCCGCUA